AUGCGUGCACCACCCGCUCUGUCGUCGACCCAUCGCAGCUGCUACAAAGCGCAAAGUCGCACUACUGCGACGAUGACGAUGCAGAGCGAGUGGCGCGUCAUUCGAGCUGCUGUGAAACGUACGUCGAUCGCACUGCAAGAGAAUGAAGCCAAUAAUGUAAAGAUCAGCAGCACACGUUAG